GACUACCUCCUGAAGUUCAAGCAGCGGUACCAGGAGGCAGAUAGCAAGGCUGGUCUCUCGCUCAACGCAGUCGGCCUCAAUUACCUUCUAUUUGAAUCGGGCGGGCUUCCGGCCCGCAGGAUUGUAGACAUCAAAUUGCAGUUGAACGGCGAUUUCAACAUAUCCAGUGACAUGUACAACAUGGCCAGUCGGAUAGCUAAACAGGAGAUGGCAACGGGAUCUCGUCAUCAUCACGGACAUUACAGAGCGUUUGAAGAUCUGGAGCUGAACGACGAUGACUACAGCCUGACCUGCUAUCAUGAUCAGGACGAUCACGACGACUACAUAGACUUCGUAUUCGACGAGGACACGGACCUGCAUUACAGAGAGUAUAUGACAGAG